AUCAACUUUCACUCUUCUCUCACUCACACUCACCUCGUCCGUUAUGAUGCUCUUUGCGUGUUACUGUAAUCGUUUUUUAUUAAUUCUCAUCUUUUGAUCAACUGACAGGCAAACUUGACAAGUGCCAUCCAAACAGAAGCCAAGUCAACCUAGGCAGGAGUGGUCUCCCAGCUGGUUACCAUGUCAGCAGCCACGUCUGUGACCAGUUUUGUCAGGGCCUGUCUCUCUGGCAGGCAGUGUUGUCUCCCACUGUACCCCAAGGUUCUCAGACAGAGACUCCUCAGGUCAAAAACAUCACAGCUGUUUCCUGCCUCAUCGUCAGUCCGGCUGUUCUCUUCCACAGGGGAGCCACCAGACAGUAUUGAGGUGUUGUUACGACACAAGAGACGGCAGGAGGAGGUGGAGCUGAAGCAAGCCUCUGAGGAGACCUCGGAUAUUUUCAAAUUGGCCAUGAGGAAAGUACCACAGCAAGUGGUGGUUGUGACAAGUGGUCAGUUCCAGCCAGAUUCACGCCAGUGGCUCAAGCGAGGGGUUACAUGCAGUACCUUCUCCAGUGUCUCCUACCAACCACCCAUCAUCUCUUUCUGUCUGAGUCAGGGGAGCAGAAUGCAUGACUUGAUCAAGAGCACCAAGAAGUUUGCAGUUCACAUCCUGGCUCAAGACCAGAUACACCACGGAAUCCACUUCUCUAAACCUGCUCCCAAUGGCGAAUGCCAGUUUGACAAUGUGCCACAUGUACAAGGAGAGGAGGGAUUACCCAUCAUCCUGGGCUCGCUGGCCGUGCUGCUUUGUGACUCUCACACCUACCACGGCGUAGGCGACCACACAGUCUGGUAUGGGAAUGUGACCGGGGUCAGCGUGUCGGAGACCCUUCAGGAGCCCCUCAUCUAUUUCACUCGCAAAUUCCGAUCUGUUGGAGACGAGAUUUUUCUCUCCGCAUUUGAAGGCACGACCUUACCCUUUGAGGAGUGGACCCAUGAGGCGCAUGUACGCAUGGCAUGGAACUACAUCCGGGAACAUGGCAAGGAGGGAGCUGUCCCCUACAUCAAGUUAGGCAUCCAAAAGUUCAAUGAAAAGAACCGUGACAAGAUCACCACAGGCUACCAUGAGACCAUCACCAUGUUCUUCAUCCACCUGGUGUCUGAUGCCAUUGUACAGAGCGUGCAUGCUAAUGAGACAUUUGAGGAAUUCCUGUCAAGCAACCCGCAUCUGGUAGACAAACAGUUGUUGAUGGACUACUACAGCCCCGAGACUCUGAAAAGCGAGGCAGCACGUUACAGGUUUAUACGUCCAGACAAGAAGAGUUUGCCAGGAUAGCUUCGAUCCAGUAUAGACUACUAGUACUAGAGUGCCAUGAGCUGUACCACAGAGUUUCAUGUGUUGUAGAUCAGAGUCAGAAUGUCAUUUUGCAAUAUGCUAGAAAGCUGUGUGUUGUAUACCAGUGUCAUGUGUUGUGUGCCAGAUGGAGUUAUGUGUCAUAUGCGAAAGAGUGGUCAUAUAUUGUACAGUACGCCAGACAAUGUGUAAAAAGUAUCGUGUGCUGUGCACCAUGGAGUGUCAUUUUACCCCAGAAAGUUACAACUGAAAUUAUUUGUACAUCAGAGAGUGUCAUGUGUUGUAUGCCAGAGAGUAGCCAUGUGUUCGUGAUCAGAGGUACAUGUACCUCUGAUGUCUGGAGGAGAUGGGCGUGACUAAGCUGAUAACUGAAACUGAUAAUGUUUUAAUUGACCAGAGUUACUUUUCUUACCAAAUGAGUGCCCCAGCCAUGCCUCUGUUUCUUCGGUGGAGCACCAUCUCAUGGGACUGAGGAACCUGCCAUAUCCUGUAUAAGUGCCUCUGCACGGGCAAGUGCUCUGGCGUGGUUUGCUUCUUCUUUCCUAUGAAACAUCUAUCAUCCUUACCUCCCCUUCUUCUUU